GUCAAAUGUUCCAGUCGUCGUUUGGCUUUCGGAACGUCAUGGGUCCUUCAUAUUCGUUCGUCUUUUUUUUACUGGCGAUGUUAGUUUGUGGAUCAUUGUCAGAUUCGGAACCCGACGUCACAGAAAACUCCAGACAAAAACGAUUAUUCAGCUUAUUUAACAUCGUCAAAUUCAAGAACAAAGGUUGCACAUCGGUGGGCUCCACAAAUAUGGGUGGAACGUGUUUAACCUCGACCGAAUGCACCUCCCAAGGAGGAGCUUCUUCGGGAAAUUGCGCGGCUGGCUUUGGCGUUUGCUGUAUUUUUAGUCUCAGUGGAUCAUGCGGAUCAGGACAGACAGUUUCGCAAAACUGUACCUACAUUCGGAAUAGUGGAUUUCCAUCGGCCGACACCACUGCCAGUGAAACUUGCACUUAUAACUUCAACCGGAUUUGUGACAAUCUCUGUCAAAUUAGGCUAGACUUUGAUUCCUUGACGUCGCAAGCGUCUGCAACUGGCUCAUGUGGAACAGAGGCCGACGCCAUCACAGUUUCCAGUCCAUUCUCGUCUUCGAGCAACGCAUUUCCCCCCACCGUUUGUGGAACUUUGACCGGACAACAUAUGUAUCUUGAGACGGGAACCACUGGUAACGCUGGGACCUUAAGCUUUGCAAAAGGAACUGGAGCCGGGAACCGAAGUUACCAAAUCAAAGUUACUUAUUUCACUUGUGACAGUUUGGCCAAAGCUCCAGCAGGAUGUACUCAAUACUUCACCGGAAUUCGGGGCUCCUUCCAAUCCUACAAUCACGCUGGAGGUCAGCUUCUGCAAAGCAUGGACUAUAGCAACUGUUUCCGACAGGAAGAAGGGUAUUGUCAGCUUCAGAUUCGCGAAUCUUUGAGCACGACCCCAGAUGCAUUUUUAGUGUCUGCUCCUACAACAAAAGCGAUGACUGCUUGUGCUGAUUUGAGUUUUAUUACCUUUUCUACUCCAACCCUUGGCGCAUUCUGCGGAGGAGUAUUGAACUCCGUCAAUGAACACAUUAUACCUGGCGUGUUGACAUCUUCCCCUGGCUCAAACUUUCAAGUGGGAUUAAACACGUUAGCGGCCGACCUGACCGAUUUGAUCGGCUUCAACUUGAAUUACAAUCAAGUGCCUUGCGCUUAAACAUGUUUAUUCGAACCAAAUCAUCGCCCUUUGCUAUCAUAUAGCACAUCAUAUCACUCGCCUAGAACAGUUCAUUAGACUCUAGAAUUUGCAUCACAGUUAUAUUAUUGAAAUAAAACA